AUGUCCGACAAGACUAAAAUUCGCUACACCUACCGCGGCUUCGACGCAUGGCAGGCCUCCGAGCCCCAGCUCAAAAAACUUAUCCAGGACGACACCGGCGUUGAGUUUUGGAUUGAGACCAGAUCCAUCCCGCCCAUGGGAAUCCCCCCCCCCGUGACCAAGGAUUGUGUAGAGAAACUGAAGGGAUUGGAUGGCGUUGAGGUCAAUGAAAUAGAGGAAGAUUAG